CCGGCACACGUGGCCGGGUUUGAAGGUCGCAAGUUUCAUGGCUCUUCAGACUUCAGCGUUCUCCACAGACGGCUCUGAGGCCAUUUCCCGCCAAAUUAGCGCUGUUCCCCACAGCUCAGUAGGGAAGAACCUACGGGAAUACUAUGAGAUCGACAGAUGUCUUCGUUUCAUUGCUUCUUUCAGGAAAGUAGCUCUGCAGUUCCCAGACCAGCUGUUGUGUGACUCUGUUGCCGUGACAACCAUCCUGGCUGGGGAGAGUGGCAGAGAAUGUGUUAUUCUUGGAGACACCUCUUACGGGAGUUGUUGUGUGGAUGAGGUAGCAGCAAGUCACGUGGAUGCAGAUUGCAUCAUUCAUUUCGGUCCCUCGUGCCUCACUCAGACAGAGAGACUACCAGUUCUCUAUGUAUUUGGUAGAGAGGAAGUGAAGAUGGAGGAAUGCGAGAGGGCCUUCAGGGAGCUGUUCCCUGACCCCAUGACCUCUGUCCUCAUUCUCUACGACACUGUCUACCAUCACUGCAUCGCUGAGCUGAUGGAAAGAUUGUCAGACUAUGUUGACUGCACUCCCUCCCUCCUCUCCCUCCCUCACCCCAUCACACCCUCACCCUCCACCGAAGCCACACCCACACAAGACAGCUGCAUAGCUUCAGACGGUGACCAACUGAGGGACUCAGAUACCAAAUCUUCUGAUCUAAUUAAUGCCCCCUCUCCCUCAGUGAGUAUAGUUCGUUGUAUGCAGAGGCAACGGAAGUGCCGGGCCCUGGUAGCUAUAACAGCAGUCGGCCCGGCCAACUCAUCAAUCAGGUUUGGCCGCUCGUUCAAACUGGACAAACCAGUUACAGACGUGAGGAUGUUCUACAUUGGCCGGGAGGGGCGGACCCUAACUAAUCUGCUCAUCAGCUACAGCAGAAGCCAGUUCUACAGCUAUGACCCAGAGAGUGGGGAGAGGAGGAGAGAGAGCUCUGCCGUUAACAAGGCUCUAGGGAAAAGGUAUUACCUGGUGCAGAAGGCGAAGGAGGCCAGGACAGUGGGUAUAUUAGUCGGGACUCUUGGAGCAGCUGGGAGUAUGGAGGUGAUGCAGAGACUCAAGUCACUACUGAGGCAGGCUGGGAAGAAGUACUACACCGUGGCAGUCGGGAAACUGAAUGUUGCAAAGAUGGCCAAUUUCAUGGAGAUCGAUGUGUUUGUUCUGGUGGCUUGUCCAAGAACAGCCUCGUGGAGUCUCAGGACUAGGGAGUGGAGUGGUGAGGUCAUCACUGACUAUAGAGAGCUCUUCUCACUGCCAGUUCUGGAGGACAGACCAACUGAGGAUGAGGAGGAGGAGCCAGAGUUCUCACUGAUCAGUGGAGGUCUCCUACCAUCAAGACAUCCCCGUGACUCAGAGAGAGAGGGAGAGGAGGGAGCCGUUGCUCUGAGAGCCAGUAUGGAUGUGGCUCUACCCAACUCAACAGGGGCUGAGUUCCUGAGAGGGCGUGGCUGGAAAGGUCUGGAGAGGAGACUGGGAGAAGGGGGUGUGGCUACUGCUAAUGAGGGAAGGAGGGGUGUGGCCUCAGCUUAUUCUCAUGAAAACUACACACAACAGAUAAAGGCAGAAUUUAGUAACAGUGUUACACAGUUGUAGGAUAAGUAAAGAGCUGUUUCUGUUGGUAUAUUGCACUGGAGAAGUUCGUUAUUUUUGUUGCCAAGAAACUUCGUGUAAAAACGCCGUAAGUUGUAGCUCGUUUUCUGAAGCCAUAGAGUAAAGCAAUAGCGGCCAUUUACCAAAUACAUGCAUUGGAUUUUACCUCAUUAUGUUCAAGAGCUUUUGUUUUAUUGUACAUAUUAUUAUAAUUGUUGUAUGCACACCUCAGUGGGCGUUUUUCUUGGUAUGGCACAACAAUCGCAAACUCUCUAUUAUUUCUGAUUGCAUCAUAAUUAUUGCUAUAGCAUUAUUAUCGUGUAAAUGUCAUGUAUUUAUGAACAGAAGUUACUAUCUGAAAUGGCCAAAACACGAGGGGGCACUAAAUAGAGUCAGUUACAAAGGGUUAAGGACUAUGAGCUGUCGGCGUCCACUGUUCGUGAGUGGAUCGGUUGCGAGGUGACAACUUUGGACUGGCCGUAGGAGAAGCCCCGCCACUCCCGGGCGGAGACCGAGACCCAGACCUGCGGGGGGCAGGCUGCAAGCCGCCAUCUUCGUCAUAGUCCUCCUUCUCCUCAUGAAGAGGCGGGAAAGAUUGCUCUCUCUUCAUCUGCUGUGCGGAGGAUUGCUGCCGAAUGAGGUUGGGAAGAGCAGGACCACUGCCAUAGAGGUCCAUGCUGCUCUCAGACGAGGUGUUGGUUGUGUGACUCACUGGGUUGGACGAGGCGCCUGGUGACUCCCCAACACUACUACUACUGGCCUCUAGGGCGAUUUCAGAGUCUCUGAGACCUUUGGGCCCACUCUCCCGGAGACUAAUGGAGACAAGGCUUCCCCCACCUCCAGGGCUGUUGAGGUCUGACAUAAAACCAGGGAUCCCCAAACCAUAGGACGUUUCUUCCUUGAUGGGGGUGGUGAAGUCAGUGCUAGGUGGAGGUAGGUUGGCAAUCAUGGAGUCCGGACCGCCAGGUGACUGUUGACGUGCCUCAAAACUGAGUCGGUGGACAUUUGUGUUCUCCACAUCUUCUUGAGCAGUCAGUUUGGAUGGAACGUUGCUGCGAGGUUUUGGAACAGGUCUUGCUGUUGGACUGGGAGGACCGCUGGUUUGGUCCAGAGCAGGGUGAGGUUGGUGAGGAGCUGGAGGAGAAGGAACAGAGAACUGAGCUCCGCUAGAAUCAGAUACUAUAGUUCCUGCAGUGAGUGGGGUGGAGACAGUGGGAUAGUAGGGAGCUGUGUCCCAGCAGCCUGCACUGUAAGUGGUAGUGGUGGGAGGGUAGUUCUGGUAUGUGGUUGGUUGAGAAGCUCGACGGCGUUCGCCACAAAAGGGAAGGGCCGGGGUGUCAUAGUGGGAGCGCUGACGCUGCAGUCGUUGCUGGUUCUGCUGGGGACCAGGAAUGUUGUCAUAGAGCUGUAGUGCCACCUCUGCAGCAGUGGGCUGUGUUCCUCCAUGGACCAUCGCUGCUGAGGAAAACUGUGGGGUCUGAUUUUGGUACUGAUGACUGUACGUUGUGUUCAUGGUAUGGUGUGGGUAGCCUGGAUUAUGAGGUGACUGCUGCUGAUUUUGAUAGUCUUCCUGAGCACCUUCCAUCGGACGUGGCGUAGUUGCUGGUACUUGUGGCCCGAAAGUUGGCACCAUUUGAGGAGCACGGCUUCCUAACUGGAAGUUAAUGUAUCUUUUAGCCGGUGGAUUGUUUGAGCUAGCAGCUGCAUCUGUCACCACGAUAUUUCCAUCCACUCUACUCAUACUUGCUGACGGGAUUUCCACCAGCAGCAGAACCAGCCUUGGGCACAGCUGCAGCAGUAGGCUGAGGAUUAACCAAGAAGCCAAUCGAGUUACCUACAGGACCACCCACACCUUGGAUCGAGUCAGAGCCUGCAAGUCGGUGGAUCAAUUCAACGAUAUCACUGCCACAAGGAAGAGCAGUAGCCCUGAGAAGGUUUGUACAAACUAAUUGCGAAAUGCAU